ACAGGAGGGCGGAUGGUGUAUAAUCGUGCGAGAAGUUGUGGCUAAUUUUCCGGCAUCUUCGCUCACGCGUCCAGCAUGGCAUCCGCUGAAGAAUUAAGUGUAUCUGCCCUUGUGUACGACUAUUUGUUAAAAAAAGACACGUCUUUGGCGAAGGUUUUUCAGAAGAAAACAAAAGCGCCCGCGCUGCCUAAGGGAGCGCCAACGAUACAAGAAGUAUAUCAAUAUUUUCAAAAGACUUCGCCCAAAAAACUCAACGUAAAAGCACAAACAAAAGACAGUAGUUCGGAAUCAAGUUCAGAAAGCGAAGAUGAAACGCCGAAAAAGGUCCCACAGGUAAAUGGCAAAGCACCAGCGAAUGCUGUAAUAAAUAAGCAAAAAGAAUCUUCGGAUGAUAGCUCGAGCGAAGAUGAGAAAACAGCACCGAAAGUAGCAGCAAGUGUUAAGCUUACCGUUAAGACACCAUCUAAAGCACAGAUUGUAAAGAAAAAUAAAAGUUCGGAUGAAAGUUCCUCUUCGGAAGAGGAAGAGACACCAAAACAACAACCGAAAGCAGUAUCUACUCCAAAAGUAGUUCCAGCACCUAAAGCACAAGAAUCUUCGGAUGAUGACUCUGAUUCAGAUGAUCAAGAGAUGACUAAAGCAAACGUAACUCCUAAGGUAGUUACAAAACCAGUUGCAAAGGCUAUGCCCAGUAAGAAAGAAUCUUCCAGCGAUGACAGUAGCGAAGAAGAUAAAAGUCCCGCUAAGCCAAUAUUAAAGAAAUCAGUACUUGCUGCAUCUGCAGUUAAAGCACCAGUAACAAAGAAAGCAUCAAGCGAAGAUUCCGAUUCUUCAGAAGAAUCUAGCGAUUCGGAAAAGACGACUGCUUCAAAACAAACUCCAAAAGUUGUUCAAAACAAGACAAAAUUAGAAAAACCUGUUAAAACGAAGAAGGAAGCGGUAAAACCUGUAAAACAAGCGAAAACUACCCCAGCAAAACCAAUAGUCGCGAAGAAAGAAUCAUCGUCUAGCGAAGAAAGUAGCGAAGGAGAUGCACCUCCAGCUAGAAAGCCUGCUCCUCCAACACCAGCAGUUGCAAAGAAGACUCCUACUAAGAAACGGGAAUCUUCCUCUAGCGAAAAUAGUAGCGAAGAAUACGCACCUCCAACUAAAAAGCCAGCUCUCACACCAGUAGUUACAAAAAAAGCCCCUGUUAAGAAGGAAGAGUCUUCGAGCGAGGAGAGUAGCGAAGAAGAAACAUCCGCUAAAAAACCUGCUCCCACCAAGUCGGUCACACCAGCUAAACCCAUCCCGGCUAAAAAAGCAGAAUCUUCCAGCGAUGAUUCCGAUGAUUCCGACGAAGAUGAGAAACCAGCUCCAAAGCCUGUAACAAAACCAGUGGCAAAGAAAGAAUCCUCUAGUUCCGAAGACUCUGAUGACUCUGAAGAUGAAAAGCCUGUUAAACAACCUGUAAAAGCAGUAGCAAAAGCAAAUAUCAAGAAAAAAUCAUCCAGCGACGAUUCCGAUGAUUCGUCGGAGGAUGAAAAUCCACAAGCAGCGCCUAUUAUGAAAACUCCCGUAAAGCCAGCAGCUGCUAAAAAAGAUUCCGACUCUGAGGAAAGCGACUCCGAUGCCGAGGAAGAAGAGAAAGUACCUCAGCAAAAAACACCAGCUAAAGCAGAGAAGAGGAAACACCAAGAAAUAGAGCAACAAGAGGAAGAUGAGAAUGAUGAAAAACCUAUGAAAAUGCAUAAAAACAAUUACAGCAAUUUUGUGAAAGCAGGCAAUAGCUUCAACGGUGAUAAGCAGCAAAAAAACACUCCUUUCCGUCGUGUACAAGACGAGCGAAUAGAAUUGGAUCCCAAAUUGGCUAACAAUUCUUUUGAGGCAAAGAGAGGCGCACGUGGCUCUUGGGGAGAGAAAGCAAAUCUAGACCUGAAACAUACGAGAGGAAAGUCAUUUCGACACGAAAAGACGAAGAAAAAACGUGGUAGCUACCGCGGCGGUCAAAUAGAUACUAGCGUCAAUUCCAUUAAGUUUGACGAUUGAGCUUGAAGGUUAAAGGUUUGUGACCGUGUCUAUAUCUUACUUCUUAACGUAGCGGCUAAUAAUAUUUAAACAUUUACAUAUACAUUUUACACACGUUUACUCAAUCGUCAAACACGAUUGAUUUUGUCCUUUGUAAAUUAGCGUUAAUCGAGUGAAAACUGCAUCAACGUUUUGUUUUUAAUUCUGCCAGUUUUCGUUACGUAAUAUUUGCGGGUAUCGUUUAAAUAUUUAGUAUCUACAAGACUACGUUUUUACAUGUCCGUUACAAGACUUCGAAAAUCUAUCGUUCCUAAAAUAAAUAGGAAGUUUGACAGAUAAUCAUUAACAUCUACAUUCAUUGAAGCUCGCAAAAAAUAUGUCCCUUGGUUAAUCAUUAUUUUUAGUCGUUUGAUCCGUUGAAGGAGGCUUUUUUACAAGUAUUAUUCUCGAUACUGGGUGCUCGGCCUUGUAAUUAGUACCAAGGUCACGAAUACAGUGGCUUUUGAUUAGUGCCAUUAUUCGAAAGCCAUUGUAUUUAUCGAAUGUAUACUUUAGUACGAAUUACAAGUAAUUACGAAAAAUCAUGGACGCCCAUCCGACACGCGAAUCAAUGGUUGAUAACAUCUAGCUCUGUAUAGAAGAUAAUAAAAGUAUGUCAUAAUUCCAAUGCGUAAGAUUUCGUGUAUACGAAAUGAAAAAUCUGUUAUAUUCCUUCAUUGUUAAUUUAAAAAUAACGUAUACUUUGUACGAUAUUAUCAUUAUCGAAGAACAAGUAUAAAGAUAAUGUAACUAGA